UCUGUUUAUGGGUAGCGCUGCUCUGGGGGUAGAGAGCUGCGGCUCGAGGCUUUCCAAGCGGUAGUCACGACAGCUUCAGGCCUGGGUUUGGGCCUGGCGACGGCUCUCGGUGUAGGAGGGAGUGUGCCACCUUCACUGUCCCCUGGGAGGGGUGAGGGAGGUACCAUGGCGGUGGCCGCCAGGAACCUGCGGGUGAGCGACAUCCAGGACCCCGGCUCCCUGUUCGAGCGCUACGGCACCGAGGAGAUCCGGCAGGUGGAGCGGAGGGUCCGCGCUGAGAUCGAGCACAAGAAGGAGGAGCUGCGCCAGAUGGUGGGCGAGCGGUACCGCGACCUGAUCGAGGCGGCCGACACCAUCACCGACAUGAGGCUGUGCUCCGAGAAGGUGGUCAGCUCGGUGCGGGACAUGUACGAGUACUGCACCCGCAUCAAACCAUCCGGGCCCGGCAGGGCACCUCCUCCUCUCCCAGCCAAGCGCAGUCAGGCACAGCAACAAUCUCAGGAGAAAUUCUACAGUAUGGCAGCACAGAUCAAGCUCCUUCUAAAUAUGCCUGAAAAAAUUUGGAGUGCGUUAGAAUCAUCACAAUAUCUCCAUGCUGCUCAAAUGUAUCUGCUGUGUUGCCACAUUCAUAGUAUCCUUCAGUUGGACUCCUCUGGUUCCUACUACAGUCCUGUCCUGGCCCGCUUUCCCAUCCUUGUUCGACAAGUAGCAGCAGCAGGUCAUUUCAGAGCAUCUAUUUUACAAGAGAGUAAAACACUCCUGAAGGGCCGAGCAAUAUCAGAUCAAGCUAUUGCCGAAGCUCUGUGUGCCAUAAUGCUACUGGAAGAUAGUUCACCGCGCCAAGCUCUCGCUGAUUUUCUAUUAGCUAGGAAAUCAGCAAUUCAGCAGUUACUUAACCAACCACACCAUGGUGCUGGUAUUAAGGCACAGGUAUGCUCACUGGUUGAACUGUUAGCCACCACGUUGUAUCAGGCUCAAGCUGUGUUUUAUACGUCAACUGAAGGAAAGAUGCCAGACACUAAACUGACUUGUGGCCUUCUCUUCACUACUUUGGCAUCCAUCACAAGUGAGUCUCCAGCAGGUAUGUAUGGGUUUAUUGAUGUUGGCUGCUAUUAAAAGCUUGUAAAAUGU